AAAAAGCUUCUGAAAAUCAAAAGGCGAAAGGGUGGAAGAGGAGGCCAGGACCCAGGCCUCCAUCCCCACCGGAGUGAAGCUACACCUGGGAGGUCUCCUCCCACCCCACCUCUCACCCUGGGGCCCGACUGCCCACCUCCUCCUCCUCCUCCUCCCCCCAACGAUCCUGCCUCCCCCUCCAGCUCCCCCUGCAGCGGCCAGAGGGGCCAGUACAACCCCAACCUGGCCGAACGAAGGCGGGAGGAUCUCUCUGAAGAGAUCAACAACCUCAGAGAGAAGGUCAUGAAGCAGUCUGAGGAGAACAACAACCUGCAGAACCAGGUACAGAAACUCACAGAGGAGAACACCUCCCUCCGCGAGCAGGUGGAGCCCGCCCCUGAGGAGGAGGAAGAUGACAUUGAGCUCUGCGGAGCUGCAGCCGCUGCCGCCCCAGCCACUCCGAUCGAGGAGGAGAGCCCAGAAGACCUUCCCGAGAAGUUCGACGGCAACCCAGACAUGCUGGUGCCUUUCAUGGCCCAGUGCCAGCUCUUCAUGGAAAAGAGCACCAGAGAUUUCUCCGUUGAUCGCGUGCGUGUCUGCUUCGUGACAAGCAUGAUGACCGGCCGUGCUGCCCGCUGGGCCUCCGCCAAGCUUGAGCGAUCCCACUACCUGAUGCACAACUACCCAGCCUUCAUGACCGAAAUGAAGCACGUCUUUGAAGACCCUCAGCGGCGCGAGGCUGCCAAACGCAAGAUCAGACGUCUGCGCCAAGGCAUGGGGUCAGUCAUCGACUAUUCCAACGCUUUCCAGAUGAUAGCACAGGACCUGGAUUGGAAUGAGCCUGCCCUGAUUGACCAGUACCACGAGGGCCUCAGCGACCAUAUUCAGGCGGAGCUGUCGCGCCUCGAAGUCGCCAAGUCGCUGUCCGCACUGAUCGGCCAGUGCAUCCACAUCGAGAGAAGGCUGGCCCGGGCAGCUGCCGCCCGCAAACCGCGCUCCCCGCCACGUGCGCUGGUGAUGCCUCACGUCAACACCCACCACCAGGUAGAUCCGACUGAGCCCGUGGGAGGUGCCCGCAUGCGCCUGACCCAGGAAGAAAAAGAAAGACGCCGAAAGCUGAACCUGUGCCUCUACUGUGGGAAUGGAGGUCACUACGCCGACAACUGUCCUGCCAAGGCCUCCAAGGCUUCGCGCGGGAAACUCCCCGGCCCCGCUGUAGAGGGACCUUCAGCGACCGGGCCGGAAUUAAUAAGGUCCCCACAAGAUGAUGCUGCUUCAUCGCCACACUUGCAAGUGAUGCUCCAGAUUCAUCUUCCGGGCAGACACACCCUGUUUGUCCGAGCCAUGAUCGAUUCUGGUGCUUCCGGCAACUUCAUUGAUCACGAAUACGUUGCCCAGAAUGGCAUUCCUCUGAGAGUCAAGGACUGGCCAAUACUUGUAGAAGCGAUUGAUGGACGUCCAAUAGCAUCGGGCCCAGUUGUCCACGAAACGCACGACUUGAUCGUCGACUUGGGAGAUCACCGUGAGGUGCUGUCAUUCGAUGUGACUCAGUCUCCGUUCUUCCCCAUCGUCCUAGGGGUGCGCUGGCUGAGCACACACGAUCCCAACAUCACGUGGAGCACCCGAUCGAUUGUCUUCGAUUCUGAAUAUUGCCGAUACCACUGCCGGAUGUACUCUCCGAUACCACCCCCGCUCCCACCACCAGCACAACCAUCAUUCUAUUACCCAGUGGAAGGAUACAGAGUUUACCAACCCGUGAGGUAUUACUACGUCCAGAAUGUGUACACUCCAGUAGAUGAAAACGUCUACCCAGACCACCGUCUGGUUGACCCCAGCAUAGAAAUGAUCCCUGGAGCACACAGUAUUCCCAGUGGACACGUGUACUCACUGUCGGAACCCGAAAUGGCAGCUCUGCGAGAUUUUGUGGCCCGAAACGUGAAAGAUGGGCUCAUUACUCCCACUGUCGCACCCAACGGAGCCCAAGUUCUCCAAGUGAAAAGGGGGUGGAAACUGCAAGUUUCUUAUGACUGCCGAGCUCCCAACAAUUUCACCAUCCAGAAUCAGUAUCCUCGACUCUCUAUUCCAAAUUUAGAAGACCAAGCUCACCUGGCGACGUACACUGAAUACGUACCUCAAAUACCAGGAUAUCCGACCUACCCUGCAUAUGCCACGUACCCGACCUACCCGGUAGGAUUCGCCUGGUACCCCGUGGGGCGAGAUGGACAGGGGCGAUCGCUCUAUGUCCCUGUGAUGAUCACCUGGAAUCCGCAUUGGUACCGCCAGCCACCAGUGCCCCAGUACCCACCGCCACAGCCGCCGCCGCCACCCCCACCGCCACCGCCGCCGCCGUCUUACAGCACCAUGUAAAUACGCAUCAUGUCCUUCAGGAUCUCUCCCCUCGAAAUGAACUCCUGUUCAGCUUCUCAAUCAGUGACUGCGUGCUAAAUUGGGCUAUUGCACCUUCAGACCAACCUGAGGCACAGGUUUUCUCUGAAACGGCUACAGAAGGUCAGGGCCACCCUGGACUGGGGCACAUCCUAAAGCACCAACAGACCUCCACUGUUUGGUGGGAGUGACAAAAUAUUUACCAACAAAUUAUCUCUGUUUUCCACCUUAACUGCCAAUCUAAUUAAAAUUCGUAAUAAGUUUACUUCCCAGCAAACCCUGGAAGCCUGGGUUUUACCUGCUGAAACCUCUGUCACCAUAUGAAUUAUUGGCUGCCAUGUUCCUCAUUUAAUAGUUACUGAGAAGCUGAUGCAAACACAGGAAAUGCUGUUUUCUUUAUGGAGGGGGAGACAAGGAGGAGGAGGACAUGACUUUUCUUGCAGUUUCGGUACUCUCUUUACAUCUUUGGAGGACCGAGGCCUUAUUAAGGAAGCCACAAUUAUUGGUGCAGUGUGAAACGGCUUCCAUGAUUCUUUUGCUGCACCCUUUGAAACUUCACCAUCUUCAAACUCCACUUUCAUGACGCAAGGAGCAGCAACUCGACUGGUUCCCCCAGGAGCAGGCAAAACCCCUGCAACAGAAACACCUCAGGCCUCGGAAGGAAGUACGCUCAGAUGGACGUUGGCAUGUUUGAGUGUGCCUUCACAUCCUGGUGCAAAUCACAUGUACCCAAUAACUCUGGCUUUGUCACAACACCUUACCAUCACCAUGCCAGCAAUGGCUUCCACAAAACCUUAAACCUGGUAACCAGAGACUAGUGGUGGCUCCAGGUGUGUUAGAUGUUUGUGAAAUGUGAUCACCUCUCAGUCACGUAUGAGGGCUAACGAGUAGCAAAUCAAAAGGACUCCUAAGUCCCCGUACCCAGCUCUUAAAGGGGAGACUCAAAGUUAAUGUUACCACCUUGACCUGGAACUUCAGAAAGAAUUUUUAAGAGCGUUGUUAAUUGGCUGGAAGAGCAUCACCUGAAGUCUUGGGAGCAUCUAUCCAUGUCUCUGCCUCCAUCUGCAUCUGGGCAUUUCAUCAUCAGUCCCCUCACUAGACUGUAGCACUAGGAUGCUUAGGGAGGGGGAAUGAUUUUAGCACCCUCUAGGGGAUGGAGCCGAUAAGCUGCCAAGGAAUGAAAGGCCUCCAAAAGCAACUCAAAGCAACAGACAACACAAGAGUUGUCUUCAAUCCAGUGACAUCAGCUGGUGUCUCCUGGACGCUUUGUGCUAACCUGGGACUGCCUGACUUCCUUUAGCCUGGUCCCUUGCUACUACCUUGAACUGUUUGUCUAACCUCUCUCUUUCUGUUUACUACUGCCACUAACCCUGCUGCAGGAUUUGUGUCAUCCUUCCUGCCUGGCUGCUGAGACUCUUAUUUUGCUGGCUUCUUGGCAGGCUUCUCGGAGCAUGUGUUUCAACACACAGUCUCCAACAGUUUGAGCAGUAGAAAAACAACAUGGUGUAUAUUUCAAAUUGCCUGUCAUGAAGAGGAGUCUAAUGGUGAAGUUUCACUUUUCAUCAACAUCAUCUUUCACAUAUUCAUUAUCACCCACCCUUAU